UUGCAAUGUGGACCAGAGAUGUACCAGUCGAAUCCUCGCCCCGCCCCACCGUUUGCACCAACACCCUGCACUGCCGCUGCCGCCUCGAUUUCUGAUCGCAUUUUUCCAGUUUCAGUUUCAGAUAGCAGCGAUCCUCUCUCCGAGUGAAGGAACGCCCAACUCCACGCUUUCUACGGCUCCAUGGCUUACCCUACGCCUCCGAGCAAUGGUGAGUUGACGAAGGCGGAGUCGAGGAAGUCCCAUUCAUGGUGGUGGGAAGGUCACAUCAGCCCCAAAAAUUCUAGAUGGCUCCGGGAGAAUCUCGCGGACAUGGACCGCAGCAUCAAACAUAUGUUGAGGCUAAUAGAAGAGGAUGCAGAUUCAUUUGCCAAGAAGGCUGAGAUGUAUUAUCAGAAGAGGCCAAUGAUGAUCUCUUACAUUUGGGAGUUCUACAGCACGUAUCGUUCCCUUGUUGAGCGUUAUGAUCAUGUAACAGGAGAGCUCCGAAGAAAUAUCCCUUCAGAUCUACAAUCCCACGGCUCUGAUAUCUGUGAUCUUAUCUCUGAGCCACGAGCUGCUGGCUUCGAUGUCUUCCUUGGAUCUGGUGGCAGCAACUCUGAUACUUGCCAAAAGGAAGGAUAUGAUUCAUCUUUUUUCACAGAUUCUGAACCUGGAUCUGAUGAUUCCUCGGUGUACAAUUAUUCAGAUGGUGAUCAAGGACUGAACAGGAAGAUGAUGGAAUUGGAGAAUGAGCUCAGAGAGGCUAAAGAACAGCUCCACAUGAAGGAGGAUAAUGCAGAAGAAUGUUCAUUUCCAUUCAAAGCGGCAACAGAUGAAAAUUCAGACAUUCAAAUUAUGAGGUUGAAAAGUGAGCACCAGAAGAAUAUUUUAUCAGAAUUGACCAAGGAUUUGCAGGCUGAGUCAGUGUCCGCUACAAUGGCAGAUACUCAAAAGCAUGAGGAUGGGAUUCUAGUGGAAGAGCUAAGAAUUACAAAGGAAAAACUUGAGAACUCGCAGAAAGAACAUUCUAAAUUAAAAUUUGAACUUGAGAACAAUAAAGCACCAGAGAAAAUCUGCCAUUUGCCGGAUGAGCUUGAAGCUGUUCGUAAAGAUACUGACACAUGGAAGGACAAGGUGAGUGCAGAUAGAAGAGCGGUCGCCGAGCUCCAAGAAAGAAUUUCAAGGUUGAAAGCUAGAGAUCUUAAACUAGCAGUAUCUAAUGCUGGGCAUAAAUUUUUUCCUGAGAAUGUACCGAUUAAGGCUGAAAUAUCUCAGCCACUUAAGGAACAAGCUCUGUUGGAGGAUGAGAUCAGAAAAAUCAAGACAGAAAAGGUGGAUUUGGAGGAGAGACUUAACCGUGAGAUUGAAACUCUUCAAAGUGGCCUAAACGGCUUCCAAUCUGAAAGAGAUCAGCUCCACGCAGAAGUUACUACUUUAAAAGAGAAUUUGAGCUCUAAAGGUAAGCUUGUGCAAAAAUUGGAAAAGGAACGUGUGGAACUAGAAGGGAAGGUGGAGAGGCAAAGAGUAGUGAUAAUGGAAGGAGCAGAGGAAAAAAGAGAGGCUAUAAGGCAGCUAUGUUUUUCAAUUGAGCAUUACAGGAGUGGAUAUCAUAUGCUUAGAGAAGUUUUUAUCAGUCGAAAGUGGGAUCUCGUGUUCGCACCUCAAGGCAAGUCAUGACUCUAGUAUUUGAUUUUGAAAUUGUUAAUAUUGGCUCUUGAAGAGUUGUUGGCCUGUUUUUGGGAUGAAACAAUCAGUUAAUAGAGAGUCUGCAACAGUUGACCGUGGAUUGGAACAUAAUACAGUUCUGUUUGUUAAAAUAAUGAUGUAUAUGUAGUUGUUUAGAGUAACAAUAAAUGGGUGUUUGUCCAACAACUAGCUGUUGAUGGUCACUCUUGAAAGAGUGUGUAAUAGCUCACUGAUCGAGUACUCUUAUGCAGAAUAUCCUAGGUUUUGAUUUCACAGCUCUGACGUAAUUCAUAAAUGGUCCAGUGUCGAGAGGCCAAACGCCUUACUUUAGCACUCUAUAGGCUGAAUUAUAGAGCUGCUUUCUCUCCUCACUAAUCUUUGAUCUUUUAAUGUCUGUCGAAGAUGAAUGUGAACCCAGCCAAUCAAAUGUGCUCCAUAUUCUUGGGCCUGUCUUUUGUUGUGUAUAAGAUGCAAGGAUUGAAGCAUUUUAACUGACAUCAUCGUUGAUUAUUAAGCUUUGUCCAAGGUCUACCUGUUGCUCUUUUAUGUUUACUUAAAGCAGGAUUAUGAAUACGGUAAGUCUCCUGUUCAAUUGUUGACCUGUUCAAGUGUUGCCAUAUAAGGAUUAAUGAUUGGUUACAAACUCUUUCUGU